UCCGCGGGUUCAAAAGCCGAGGAACGCUUGACAAGAGCCAAAGCACGCAGAGCAGGCAGGCAGGCAGGCGAAAGAGCCCAAAGUAAAGAAGGAUUUCUCGGCGAAUAUGUGAAAACCGUGGGAGAGUGCUUGGCCGUGGGAAGGUGUGCGAGUGUGUGAUGCACGAGACUGCCGGAAGCGGAGGGCAGCGUCGUCGUUGUCGUUUUUCGGUCUCGCCAAGUGGAAGUGUCGAACAUAGUUACCGGACGUCGCGGCACAACGAUCGGCUUCUCAUCGACUAUUCCGGCAUCAGGACUGUCGAGAACGUGGCCCAGGAGGAUCGGACGGGUUGGAUGCUAUUCGGCGAGCCGGUAAUACGGAUGGACCGGCAAACGGUCAACUCGAGAUCGCAUCUUCGUUCCGUCGAGGGCAACGAUCGUCGAGCCAGUUAUUUCAGCGUUGAUAAUAAUAAAAGUUAUCACUGGUGGACGAGGCACUGAGAUGUUAGUCGAGCCAUGGUCCUUGUCGUCGCCAUGAGGACUUCCUCAUACAUUAAUUACUACGUACUCUGCCUCGUAUGUUGGAUUCUUCUUGGAAUCACCGGGGUGAGCACGAGAUCGCACUCGUUGGUGAAAAGAUACACAGGCAUCUAUCCAGGCCCAUACUUCGACUCGAACAAUCCGGAAAACUUUACCGCCCAGCUUGGCACCCACGCUUUCUUGCCUUGCAAAGUGCGCCAGCUUGGAAAUAAAUCGGUGUCAUGGAUCAGGAAGAAGGACGCUCACAUUCUCUCAGUUGAUAGAGUCAUGUUCAUCGCUGACGAGCGAUUCCAGGCGAUUUUCGUCGAAGGCUCCGAAACGUGGACCUUACAAGUUAAAUACGUACAGGCGAGGGACGAGGGCGAUUACGAGUGUCAAAUUUCGACCGAACCCAAAACGAGCCACUUUGUGCAUCUCAACGUCGUUGUGCCAAAGGUCGAGAUAGUGGGUGAUCGAGACAGGUACGUAAGAACCGGGAGCACGGUUUCCCUCAGAUGCGUAAUAAAUCAGUCACUCGAGGCGCCGUCGUACGUUUUUUGGUAUCACAAGGGUGAUCGAGUUUUGAGCGACCAUUAUGGCAAACUUGACAUUCAUCCGGUGACGAGAACCGAGACAGGCUUCGAUAGUAGCCUCGUUAUUCACAACGCGAGGCCGGAAGACUCGGGGAAUUACACGUGCAGUCCUAGCAAUCUUGACAGUGCGAGUGUCACCCUCCACGUUCUUAAUGGCGAGCAUCCGGCAGCCAUUCAAAGAGGGAUAAGCGCAGCGCCAGGUGGUUGUCGGGCUCUCUGGUGGUUAGCAGGCUCCGUCAGUUUGUCGUCGAAUCAUGGACGACGCGUAUUCGUUCUCGCCGUAUUAAUGUCACUGGUGCUCUUCACCUAUCAGAAAUCGGUGCGUCUCGCUUACAGCGCUGAUUUGCCGAUCGUGCGAUAAUCAUCAUGACCUCGAUGUCACGAUGUCCUGGUAUUCAGGAGAAUUGGGAAAAGACGUCGCUGCGCGUCAUCGAAUGGUGCUGGAAAAUCGCUGGAAGCAAGUGGAAAGGUCGAAGAAAAAAGCACUGAACAACGCUCGGGUGAAAAGAGCAAAGAUACUACACGAGUGUUGUUCGCUCUCGACGAAAGAGAAGCGAAUAACAAAGAUGCACAACCGAGGACACUGUUGCACGAGUUAUGAGGCCUCGAAUAGCGUUCGAAUACUUCAUGAAAAUCCAGAGCAGUUUAACAUCUCUGGAAAACAAUACUUCAGACUCGCAGAUCAUUAUUUAUCAAUGAAAUUUAUACUGGUUCAUUAUCUUGCGAUCUCUUUCCAUCCACGAGUCCACAAGAUUCGUGCUGAACUAUGACGAACAAGACGUCCACUUGUCUCUGAGUGAAACAGAGAAUAAAAAAAGAGCGAGAGAGAGAGAGAGAGAGAGCGUGAGAAUGCAUGAUAGAAAUUGAAAAAAUGUAAGGAAUGGAAAGUUGAUGGAGCAACCAUCGCGCCUCGGUUUCCCACUCUCCAAAUGAAUUUCCUACGCAUUAAACUUUGUUUUUGUUCUUCCUCGUCCAGCUUUAGUUUUCAUACCCAUGAUAAUUGACGGAAAGAAAAAUACACUGAUGCUUUCGAUUGUUUCAGACAAAAAAUCAAUCGCGGUAACCACCACGUUUUCUCGCAUUGUUAAUACGAUUGAAUUGCUAAUUUUCCGUCCCCUUUGUGGUAUCGAUAUUGCGGAGGUUAAAACUCAACCCGAUAAAUAAAAAGCAUAUUAUUUCGAUUCGUGUUUUCCGUCAAAUACUCGCUCGUUCUCGUGUUACUGAUUUUUAUAUAAACUCUCCACCGAUCUUAUCAGCUUCCUGAAUAAUUUUACGUUCAAUAAACCCCCGAGAUAACGUUUGACCGCCUGAAAAUACGUGAUCGAUCUUCAGCGAAUGUAAUAGCCACUAAGCGCGGUGAUAAUGUUACGAAAAUAAUGACGAAUGAUUAGACGAAGAAAAAUUGUGACGACGAAAGUUUCGAGGAUUGCGCAGUUCCUUGGAGGACGAUUAAUCUAAUGACGGUUUCGGAACAACAAGAAAAAUUGCACUUCAACGUCCUGUCUAAUUUGCUUUUCUGUACCGGGUCAAAAGGUUAAAAACUGAAGAUAAAAAUCUCCGUUUCUUGUUUCGCAAUGUACAAAAAUCAAUAAUCGUUUUUUCUUGUGGAAACUCGUAGGAAUUUCCUUCUUCAAAAGAUGAGCUGUUCGAUCUACGAUCAGGUUAAAUGUUUCUCCCAGAAAGUGAAGCACGGAACGAGAAACAACUUGAAAGUGUGUAUUUAAAUCGAGAUAUGAAAAGAUUUAUAUUUUCCUCAAAAGGCGUCGAGAAACUGCAAUCCGAGGGUGUGUAUUUAAAUCCGAAGACAGUACGAUCCGGCCGUUAGAAAUAAGGGUAAAAGAUAUUUUUGAUUGUAUCAAGAUGGUUUAUUGAGCUCGAAAAUUCAGUUGUUCGAGAGUCCAAAAGUGAGCCAUAGAAAAAGAUUGGGGUCGCUUUUCCGUAGCUCUCCGAAUCGAAUUCGUUCGUUAUCCGAAAGAUACGAGAUCGCGAUGAGCCAUGAAGAAUCAAGCACGAAAGCGGAAAUUCAAUGAAACUUUUGAAGGAAGAAAAAGAAUGGGGAAAAAAGCUCGGAGGAGAAAACUCGCUCCCGGAACUCUUGAACGUGAAUUUUCUAGCUGGUUGUUUGCGUGCAAGCGAUAUGAAGGAACGUGAACGAACCGUGGCAUUGAUUUUGCUAUUAGGCGGGUCGAGCUUCCGGUUAAACCCCCGGGGCAUUUCAAUUCAACCACAUUUUUCAGCCUCCCCUUCCCUUGCCUUUAUAAGAGGGUGCUUCGAAGACGCGACCUGCAAAGCAGCCCGGAGUUCUACCAAUGUUCUUCGGGCUAAUUUGCCCCUUUCUCCCCCUCCGUGCCCCGGCGCCUCAGCUAAAUAUAAAGCCAAGCAACGCUCGGAAAAGACCAACGGUGUAUUAUGACGAUAAGGGGCGUCGGAGCAGCUGGAAAUUUGAUUACAGACCGGUCUGUUCGAGAAACUCGUAUCUAUCCUUCAUUGCACGGAGACUAUUCUUCAUUCUCGAGUAAUAUAGGACGACAGGUAGAGCUAACGAAUAUCCGACCAGGGGAAAAACCACGUAACAACUCAAACAUUGAUUUUACCAUCGAUUUCAUUGAAUUCUUCAAUCAGCACUUUCCUCCUUUCCGCCUUUCGUCGACUAUUUUGACUGACGUCUCCGAACGUGCAAUUUAUAGUUUUUAAUAGUGAAAUCUCAAUCACGACUGUAUUGUUGCCGAGGAAUUUUGAAUGAUCGUGUCGAAAGGAAACUAACUUCUCAACUGCCUAAUAAUGAAAAAUCUUGUGAAAAAGAAAUGACACGAUUUUUGUAGAGAAAUUCAAUCGCUGUUUUAUUUUUUAUCUUAUGAUAUACAUUUCUUGAAGUUCCAUCAUUUUCUCAAGUAAAAAAUUCCUCAUUCGACUCACGCUUUUGUCAACGUAAUGAGUACUCGCGAGGUUAUCCUCGAGGAUAACAAAGUAGACGAGACAAAAUCGCUAGAAGUCACAAGCAGCCGACGAAAAAAAGUGGAAUGGAAGAGGUUGAAACAAUAAAAGUUACGGUUCCCCCCGCACGGAGGGAGGGUGGGUGAUCGUGAACGAGAAUUCCGUCAAUGUUCCACGAAUAUUCGAUUUCCGUGUCAUAUACGUGGAAUGUAUACGUACUAGAGCUAUGAUCGUGACGUUUUAUCGACGCUCGAGGCUAAAUCGAAAUUUUCUGUGGCCCGUUGAGCGUUCAUCUGCCCUCAACCAAUGAUAUCAAAACCUAGAAACGAAUUCGAAGAAGAAUGGAAAAACUACGAAUGAAUAAGAGCAAAAAAGGCUUUCCGGGGACGGCCAAUAACGAAUCCAUGGAUCGUCAAAGUCUUCCUCGAUAGAAUUGAAACUUGUUCGAUCAAGGUAUAUUAUUAUAUAUGUAGCCAAAAAGGAAGAUCGUUGACGGCAGAUCUUGAAAAAAUUAAUUAGAAAAAAGCGGAUAUCGUAAUAGUGUACGCAGUCGACUUCCACAGUCAGGUGCCCCUCGUCUCGACUGGUUUCAAAAUAAUCUCAACUCGAGAUUGAAAAAAAAUAACUAAAAAUAAAAAGAAAAUAAAGGAGGGCUAACCGACGAUGAUCCACCCUCGAGACGGCGGGCAACAAAAGUGGUCGAAGAUAAUUCUCCAGUUGAAUAUUGAUUGCGUACACUUUGAGAAAUAAAGAGAGCGAAAAAAUGCAACUCGUUCUAUUGACUCGGAAUCACUCAAUAAAUUCGUUCGCCAAAUUACGAAAUAUUUAUAAAUAUGCAUAAAUUCACGCGCGAACACACGAGUCAAUAUUAUUGAAAGGAAAGAAAAUAACUAUAUCUAUACAUCUAUAUAAAUAUACAUCGCUUAUGACAAAAGAAUAAUUAUUGAUGACAAGCAAAAAUUAGCUAAAUGUUAUUUACUGUUGAUUCUUUCGCGGGCGUCCGAUUUCCUGCGGCACAAAUGAAUUUUAUAUUCCAAAAUAUACUGUCGUAUCCGCAGAUACGAAUGGAGUAUACGAAAGAAUAUAAACGUGUUCGCACGGUCAUCGCAUUCGGCGUGAGAGAAAUUUUUCUCUGUUGACAUUACCCUCUUGAUUUCUGUAUUGAACAAGUUUCAGCUCUCACGAUUAAUAAACGAGGAGACUUGUGGUCGAGGUGGUUAUUUUUAUUCCUCAUUCAUGAAAGAUCGAUCUCGAAGAUCGCGGAAUAAAGAAUAAUAAUUCGUUCGCCUUUUCAGUUGUUGUUGCGUACUGCUGGGAAUAAUUCAUGAUAAAAUUUUAACAAAUAAAAGUUUAUCGGGAAAUGGAAAUCGAGUUGAUCUUACAUGAUCGAAGUGGGAGAAGUUCCGCACGAGUGGGCAAAAAACACUAUACGAAACGAUAUUAGAAUUACCUACGGAUUCAUGUGAUUGUCUGUAAAUAAAUAGUAUGUAAAAUGACAUAAUGUUAAUUAUGAUAUGCCGUACGUGUUUAAAUUAAUAAAAUUUAACAAACGAGAAACAGCCAGAAAAUCAUGAGAAAAAAUAAAAAAACAAAAAAAAAAAAAACAAACAAACACACACACACACACUCAAACAGUUACUGUGUAAUUUACGUAAGUGAGAGAGCAAAAAAUAAAGGAUGGACGGAAAUAAAUAACGAAACAAGUCGACACGGUGAAUACUGAAAUGAAAAUAACGAAGCAUAAUACCGCACACUCGGUAAUGAUUGUCUGGCCGCCUGUGCUAACCGAUUCGUAAAUACCACGUUUGCGUAACUGUGCGUGAUUUGAGCAAGCUUGACAGUGAAAAAUUCACUGAACUUUCUAGCCGUUUUCAAAGGAGAACAAUUCAAUCGUUCUACAACGAAAUUAUUCAGCUUCCACGGCAUAAAUCAUUCGAAUGUAUUCGAGCAACGAUAAUAUCAAUUCGACGUAUGAAAUUAUUUAGAGAAUUGGAAAAUUGUGCUUGAUCUGCAAAUGUAAAUUAAUUGCACCAUUGGCAGAAAACUUCUGGAUUUACAUUUUUUUGAUAAUUUCAUCAUUUUCGAAGACUAGCAUUGUUUGUUUCUCAAAGGAUCAUAAGGGAAAUAGAAAAAAUGGGAAAUGCAAAAGAAAAGGGGGAAAUACAAAACUUUUUGAAUGACGAUAAAUCGUCUGAGCAAACACGAUCAAGGGUAGCACGGGCAGGCCACACGCCAUAGAUGUAACACUAAUUAACGCCGUAGCGUAAGUGAAAAACUAAGGGUUUAAUUAACAGAACCGAAAAAGGGAAAAAAUCCAUUCGAUGAUACGAAUGAGUAUUGUCCGAUGAAUAUUAACCAGCGGGAUUAAGACAAGGAGAAUAAAUUACACGGAUCGAAAGAAAGAUAAGUGCGAAAUAAGGAAGAAAAAAGUGAAGAGAAGGAAUUUGAAUGAGAAGGGAAGAGAAAAAGAGGUUCGUUGGACUGACGCUUUGAACGCGUUGGUCGAAUGACAACAACUUUAAUGUGAAAAAGGGGCGACAGGGACCUUGCUCUAUAUAUUUUUUUUGCAACUUUCUUAUCUCGCUCGGGGCCGUUAGGAGGGAAGAACGUUCGCGAGGAAAAGGCCUUUCCCCGCUCUCUCACCAUCGUCAAAAUCAUUUUCUCCGUUUCGGACUAACCGAGAGAACAAAAGAGAGACAGAGAGAGAGAGAAAAAAAUGGCCCCGUCGCGCGAAAAACGAAAGUCAACGACGUCCUCGUCGCUCCUUUGACAGAAGAUGAAAAAAAACAGAAAAAAUAAUUAAAAUGGGAGCGAGAGAAAAAAGAGAUAACAUUCGCCUAGAGAUAAUUGGUAGUGAGCAUUGAAAUUUUGUACCAAUGUCUAUUGUAGUAAUUAAGUGUCGCGCAUUUGAUUUGUCAUUUUUCUUUCGAAAUAUGCACGAUUCCCAUACGCGUAUGCGUUUCAAAUGCUGUUAUGUGUUUCAUCUUUCAUUUCACGAUUUACAAUUUUUCCAGUCAUUUUUUUUCUCUCCAUUAUAUUCUUUCUAAUGAGAAAAAAAUAAUAAUUCAAAAGAGAUCAUGUGCCCUCGGUCCCGAGUGUUGCCGCAGGACCGACGUUUCAACGACCCCCGAAAAAAAAAAAAAACCAACGAACAAACAAAUGAACGAUCGAAAUCACCAAAUUAUCAUAUCGCUUCCUGCGGGAUUCUCGGGACUUUGCGCAGAGAUUGUAUAUUCGUCGCGUCCAAUUCAAUCGCGAUACUAAUUGUAAUUAAACGAGUUAAAAAAAAAAAAAAUCACGACAAUGAUGACGACGCUCUGCCUAUACUUUGUGAAAUAAAAAUAAACUUGAACCUCGACGAGUGCUGGCCGAAAAAAAAAAUAAAAACUGUCUCGUAUAGCGGAAAAAAAGUGCGAAAAAUGGACAAAAAUCAAUCGAAAUUGAAUAAUUGAGAAGGAAACAUUUCUGUCUUUUUCGAACAGACUGGUUUUCCGGCACGCACAUGUACGAGCUUCGAUGGGCUGUGUAGGCUGUGUGAAUCAUCAAACUAUUAGAAAACAAAAGAAUAAGCAAAGAAUAAAAUUCAUUUGAGGAGAGAUUCAAAGGAAGAUAAAUGUUCGCAUCGUCUACGGAUAAUAAUGGUUGCGUUCACUAGCGAUUGGUCUAAUUAAUCGUUGAACCGAGAUUCGUCCACUGAUUCGAACGUUCGAUGAUAAUACGAUUUUACUUUCAUUCGCAAUUUCAAAUGUUUCCUCAUCACUGUUCCACAAUUGAAUCAAGAUCAACGAAAAACGCACUCGAUAGUUUCUGCUAUUAAAAAUCCUUUUUCACCGUGAAUUAUAUUCCUGUGGAAGAUGCUUAUAAAAUGUAAAACAAAAGGAAUAAAAGAGACUCGUUAAUAUACGCGAACGAAGCAUUGUCGAGCGAGCGAAUAAGGGGACAUCGCGAAAGACUCAAACCUCGGAACUUGCCUCGUCUCACGGAUUCUCGAAAAGAUAUUUGAAAGAAGAGAAACCCAAACAUACUUUAACUCAGAAAGAUAAAUCUUCCGAAAAAUUCUGAACGAAUAUGUUAGUAAAUACAGCACUAUCGAAUCCGCGAGAUGAUGCUUAGACGAGCGAGGACGAAAUAAAUCAUGAUAAUACCGCGAAUAAGUGUAUGUGCGAGUGCGUGCUAAGUUUGUGAGUUCGAAUGUGGCAGUGCGAUUGGAUCCGGCGAGAGAUUGACUUAUAUAUAUAUAAUGGAAAAAUGUAAUACGUGUGAAUGAAACAAGGCAAAAGUGUAAUCUUCGUGUAUGAAUGAGUGUGUAACGACUUUGAGAGAACGGGGGGAAAAAAUACAGGAAUACCCCGAUCAUGGAUUCGCAAUUUUAAGACAAUUCGUUACCGACAUUCGUACGCAUAAGUUCAACCUCGGUUCUACAGAGACAAAGAGUGAAAAGUAGAAGCGAGAACCUACACACGGUCACGAACACAUACACAGGCGCACACACACACACGCGCGCGCGCGCGCAUAAGCGAACAUGAGACACGUAUACAUGAGAAAACUGACGAAACCUCUUCGUUUAUAAUUCGCUCGACGGGGCUUCCGAAAAUCCCAACGCGAGGAGACUCGAUCCCUCGUGUACUCGAAAGCGCAGCUUUUUUCCAAUUUUUCUUUUUCCUCCGAAGCUGACACUUUUGUCUCUCAUCUCGCGAGAUUCAAAGCGGAAGUCUCGUCGACUGAUUCUACAAGAUUGCAAAGUUCUCGUCCGCGUACUCUUUACAAACGAGAAGAAAAUAAGAACAAAAAAGGGGAAGAAACAACGACGCGACACGAACGCUUCGUUGACAACUAUUGUGGCAGGGGCGGCGUGGAAUGAAGAAAAACAUAAAAUAAAAUAAAAAUAAAAAUAAAAGUGAAACCCCGCUCUAUGUGUGUAAGAACCAUAAAGCUUAAUGAAGAGCAUUAUACUAUGAAACUUACGGGAUACUAAAUAAAAGUAAGCCAAACCGUUGAGAAAUUCA